AUGGGCGAUUUAUUUGCAGAUUUGAAACCGUUCAAAUGCAAGUACUGCGAUUACGCCUGUAGGGAUAGUUCGACGCUACGCAAGCACGAGGAGAGACACGUGGGCAUAUCGAGGCGUUAUCAGUGCAAAAUGUGUGAUAAGAGUUAUAAAACGAAAAGUAUCCUAAAGGAUCACAUUUCCGAAGCGCAUUUGGACGUCGAAGUUAAGAACAGACCGUGUGACGAAUGCGGGAAGUUGUUCAAGUCCGUUACGGCUUUGAAUACUCACGUUAAAUUGGUUCACGACAAGAUAUAUUCUUGUAAGUGCGACAUAUGCGGGGUCGAAAUAAGCAAUAAGUACAACAUGGCGGCGCACCUCACCAAACACGUACACUUUAAACCCUUCGAAUGCAGCUUUGAUGGCUGUACAAAGAGAUUUAAGGAUAAGAGUACCCUCAAAAAGCACAGUAUAAUACACUACCCAGACAAACAGUUCACUUGCAACUUGUGCGAGAGACGCUUCACACGGAUCUGCCGUCUGAAGGUUCAUAUGAAGCAGCAUCAGUACAAAGAGAAGUGCGUUGUUUGCGACUACUGUGGGACUAGUUUCUACAAUAAGAACUAUCUCCGUAACCACAUCAACAAGAAACAUUGCAUACGAGAGAAAUUCAUUUGCGACCACUGCGGGUUUCUUUCAUACAACAAGCCGAGCAUUGUGAUGCACAUCAAAUACGGUCACGGCUCUGAAAAUGACAGACAGUGCAAGAUAUGCAAGAAGAUAUUCAAACUGCACAAAUAUUUGAAGUUGCACUACUGGAACACGCACUGCAUCAAGUACAACAUGGCGCCGAGGAAGCCGAAACAAAAAAGGCAGAAAUUGAUAAUAAUAAAGGAAGAGGCCAGCGAUACUAAAGAGAUGGAACUGCUGCAUGAAGUCAAAGUCGAACCUCUCAGCGAUUCGGAACAAGGCUCGGGGACAGAGAAACGUUCGAAGAACUUUGGCGCGGACGCUUCGAGAGUCAGACGCGACAAAACAAACAAACGGUCGAUAAGGUUCGAGGACUUCUUCAUCGAGCAUAUUAUGAAGCCGAAUGAUAAUGUUCAAGCAAAAAUCAAAAUCGUAAACGGUAGACAGUUGGACGAAAUAUACAAUAAUUUAAUUAUAGAAGAGAAAAUGGAAACCGCGAAAGAAAAUACGAAAGAAUCUAUAGAAAAUAGUUUAGAAAUGAUUGAACGGAAUAAUGAAUCAAGUGCCACAGGAAGAAUUGAUACCAACAAUGAAUCAAAUGGCGACGAAAGAAUUGAACAAAAUAAUGAUUCAAAUCGCAGAGAAGCAAAUGAACAUAAAAACGAACCAAGUGUCAAAGAAGUAAUUGAACAAAAUCGCGAAUCAAUUGACAAAGACGGAAUAAAUGAAAAUAAUGAUUCAAUUUUGGGAAGUGAUCGAGGCGAUGAUGAUAACGUAGGAAACGAUGAUUCGGAUUACGUUAAUGAAGAUCGUGAGAAUAAAGAUUUAGUUGAAAAUGAUUCUUCGAAUCCAGAUCACGUUAAUGAUAAAAGCGCACAGUCGAAGAGAAUCAAAAUCAAUACGCACCAGUGUUAUGUUUGUUUUAAGCUCUACGAAACUAAGGACAAGUUAAUAGCUCACUGCCAGGAACAUUUCGACGUUUGCAACAUUAAUAUGCUAAAGAAGUGUCCGCUAUGCGACUAUGUCACCCAACUGAGUCUCCCGAGGCAUAUGUUACUAGUACACAAAAUAAAUAUCAAAAUUAACUACGGAAAGAUCAGGGAGAGGAAAAAUAAUAAUAACGGCUCGAGAUUCUAUUACAACGUCGACAGUGAAAAGAUUAAGGAAAUUGAGAUUAUACCAAGUAUCAAGAAUCUUAACAGACGAGCUUAUGUCGAGUUGGAUAAACGAAAAAGGGAAAUGAACAACAAAACUAUUACGAAGACUAAAUUAGUGAAGAAAAAAGGUGAAUGGAUUGUCGAAAAGGUGAAAAUCGAUGCUAAAUCAAGCGAAGUAGUCUUGCCCGAAAUGGAAAAUUCGGAUUAUUUGGGGGAGAUGAAACUUUUGUACAGAAAAGCGAAAAAUAAUGGACAGAAAAUGCUCUUUCCUUGCAAUAAGUGCGAGAAAGUUUGUCAAACUUUGAGCGCUUUAAAGUUGCACACGAGAAAACACGAUCCAAAUAAAAAGCCGUUCAAGAAAAAAGUUUGGAAGCACAAACUAAGUGAGGAGCAAUUGAUGAAAAUGAACGAAAAACCGGUUUUAUCGAAUACGAAUCGAUACGAAAAACCGAAACCGAUAAUAAACAAACAUAAAUGCGAUCCGAAACUGAAGGAAUUCUACGAGAAUAACAUCAAAGGCGGCGACAUCGAGUUUUGGCAUUUUUUGAAGAUUUUCAACAAAAUGUCGAGAGAAAAUGUCAACGAUUUUACCGAUUUGGAAAAUCGUAGGGAAUACGGGAUACAUUUGAGUGUACCAUCGAAAGAUUCUCUCAAAGUUAAACGGAAGACAAUAAUAAAAGAUCGGCCAGUUAAAAAUGCCUUUGAGCGUAAAGUUAUGAUUAGUAAAAAAGAUUAUCAAAAGAGAAAGGCUAUGAUUGAUAUUUUGAGACGAAAUUUACCUCAAAAUAAACCCAAUUAA